CGGCGCCGGGAAGGAGCGAUCGGCGGUCACGUGACGUCCCCCUCCCCGAACUGCGGCGUCGGUGGCGGCAGCGGUGGCGAGCGCGUCCCGGCAGAGCUGCAGCAGCAGCUGAGGGCACCGGAGUGCCAAGCCCAGGACACCCCGGCCGAGGCCCCCGGAAGAGUGAUGGCCAGAAGCAGCGCUUCCCUCAGGCACUAGACCUGUUCCUGGUGGACUCAGCUCCUUCCCUCCCUGCCUCAUCUUAUCCUAAGAACACAGAUCUGUUUGAGAUGAUUGAAAAGAUGCAGGGCAGCAGGAUGGAUGAACAGCGAUGCUCCUUCCCACCACCUCUCAAAACGGAGGAGGACUACAUUCCCUACCCAAGUGUCCAUGAGGUUCUGGGGCGAGAAGGGCCCUUCCCCCUCAUCCUCCUGCCCCAGUUUGGGGGCUACUGGAUUGAAGGCACCAAUCAUGAAAUCACCAGCAUCCCUGAGACAGAGCCUCUGCAGUCCCCCACCACCAAGAUCAAACUGGAGUGCAACCCGACAGCGCGCAUCUACCGGAAGCACUUUCUGGGCAAGGAGCACUUCAAUUACUAUUCUCUGGACACUGCUCUUGGCCACCUGGUCUUCUCUCUCAAGUACGAUGUCAUCGGGGAUCAAGAGCACCUGCGGCUACUGCUUAGGACCAAGUGUCGGACCUACCAUGACGUCAUCCCCAUCUCCUGCCUCACCGAGUUCCCCAAUGUGGUCCAGAUGGCAAAGUUGGUAUGUGAAGAUGUCAACGUGGAUCGAUUUUACCCUGUGCUCUACCCCAAGGCCUCCAGGCUCAUCGUCACCUUUGAUGAACACGUUAUCAGCAAUAACUUCAAGUUCGGAGUCAUUUAUCAGAAGCUGGGGCAGACGUCUGAAGAGGAACUCUUCAGCACCAAUGAGGAAAGCCCCGCCUUCGUGGAGUUCCUUGAGUUUCUGGGCCAGAAAGUCAAAUUGCAGGACUUCAAGGGGUUCCGAGGAGGCCUGGACGUGACUCACGGGCAGACGGGGACCGAGUCCGUGUACUGCAACUUCCGCAACAAGGAGAUCAUGUUUCACGUGUCCACCAAGCUGCCAUACACAGAAGGGGACGCCCAGCAGUUGCAGCGGAAGCGGCAUAUUGGAAACGACAUCGUUGCCGUGGUCUUCCAGGAUGAGAACACACCCUUCGUGCCGGACAUGAUUGCAUCCAACUUUCUGCACGCCUACGUGGUGGUGCAGGCAGAGGGGGGCGGCCCCGAUGGCCCCCUCUACAAAGUCUCUGUCACCGCGAGAGACGAUGUGCCCUUCUUUGGGCCCCCCCUCCCGGACCCUGCUGUGUUCAGGAAGGGGCCUGAGUUCCAGGAAUUUCUGCUGACAAAGUUGAUCAACGCUGAGUAUGCUUGCUAUAAAGCAGAGAAGUUUGCCAAACUGGAGGAGCGGACGCGUGUUGCCCUUCUGGAGACACUCUAUGAGGAACUUCACAUCCACAGCCAGUCCAUGAUGGGCCUGGGUGGCGACGAUGAUAAGAUGGAGAACGGAAGCGGUGGUGGUGGCUUCUUCGAGUCUUUCAAGAGGGUCAUCCGGAGCCGGAGCCAGUCCAUGGAUGCCAUGGGACUGAGCAACAAGAAGCCCAACACCGUGUCUACAAGCCACAGUGGGAGCUUCACCCCCAACAACCCUGACCUGGCCAAGGCAGCUGGAGUAUCAUUGCUUAUUCCUGGGAAAAGCACGAGUAGAUUCGGACGCCGGGGCAGCGCCUUAGGCAUAGGAGCUGUGGAAGAGUCCCUGAUUGUCCCUGGGAAGAGUCCCACAAGGAAGAAGUCUGGUCCAUUUGGCUCCCGCCGCAGCAGCGCCAUUGGCAUCGAGAACAUCCAGGAGGUGCAGGAGAAGAGGGAGAGCCCUCCAGCUGGUCAGAAGACCCCAGACAGCGGGCAUGUCUCACAGGAGCCCAAGUCAGAGAACUCUUCCACUCAGAGCUCCCCGGAGAUGCCCACAACUAAGAACAGAGUGGAGACGGCUGCCCAGAGAGCAGAGGCGCUGCAAGGCUUUUCCAGAUCCUCAUCCAGUGCCAGCAGCUUCGCCAGCGUAGUGGAGGAGACGGAAGGUGUGGACGGUGAUGACACAGGCCUGGAGAGCGUGUCAUCCUCAGGAACUUCCCAUAAGCGGGACUCCUUCCUCUACAGCACAUGGCUGGACGACAGUGUGAGCACCACGAGCGGGGGCAGCUCCCCAGGCCUCACACGAUCACCCCACCCAGACGCCGGCAAGUCGGGGGACCCUGCGUGUCCCGAGAUCAAGAUCCAACUGGAAACAUCUGAGCAGCACACACCCCAGAUGGGCUGCUAGCUGCCACCUCAUCAGAAGGCGGGACUGAGCAGAUGAGGCCUCAGAAGCACAAGGAGAAGAUGCUGCACCACAUCCAGGCAGCUGGUCCUCUGCCCCACAGCCACCUCAGCCCCUGGUACCCCUGCCUCCAACCCCCCUGGCCCACCCAUCUGGGCUGUCUCCGCAGGGCGGAGCCAUCCAGAGCUGGGAGUGGAUGCUGCCGGCAUCACCCCACCCCCACCCCAGACUGGGGCUCUGGGUGUGGGCAGGGACUUUGGCCCUGGAUUGCCCCUACC